GUGCCACUGUGUCUGUGUGUUGCUGUGUGUUGCUGUGGUUGUAUUGAACUCUGCUCGCUGCUGACCAGUGGAGAGUGAAGAGAGGGAGGAGUGGGAGGAAGAACAGAGAGCCGGACGCCCUGUUGGUGGUGGGUUUGCCUGGCAGAGGCAAUUUUCCAUGAUAGGUUUUGUAACCAUGCUGGAAAACACAGGUGGAGCAAGAGCAGAUGCUAAAGUGACUAAUCAUUCAGAAACUACUAAAUGUGCAAUGGAAAGUGGUGACGGGAACACCGGAAUCCAAAUCAAUGGGUUCGACUUUCAGAGGCAGACGGUGCCAAUCACUAAUGCACACGCACAAGCCCUGCUCCAACAGUCGAAGUCGGAAGACUCCAGUGCUCUUCCGACCUCCGUACAGCAGAGCGUAUUGCCUCAAACCCAGCUAAUGUUGGCCGGGGGACAGAUUGCAGGAUUGACCCUGACCCCAGCGCAGCAGCAGAUGUUGAUCCAGCAGGCCCAAGCUCAACUCCUGGCUGCAGCCGUGCAGCAUUCGGCGAACCAGCAGAACUGCACCACUGGGGCCAGCAUCUCGGCCUCCGCAGCCACACCUAUUACCCAGCUGCCCCUGUCACAGCCCAUCCAGAUCGCCUCUCAGCUACAACCGCAGAAUCUCAGUAUGCCACAGUUUGUUCUGCUGCAGCCUGGCCACCCGAUCGCCACACAGCUGCAGCCCACUCAGUUCAUCAUCUCACAGACACCGCACGGCCAACAGGGCAUAUUGCAAGCCCAGAGUCUUCUAACUCAACUACCUCAAAGCCAAGCUAACCUCCUGCCGACUCAAGCAAGCAUCACCCUCGCAACUCAGCCUGCCACUCCAACCCGCACAACAGCUGCCACCCCUAUUUUGUCCCUAACCCACAGUCAGACACCAACCAAACGGUUGGAUACUCCGACUCUGGAGGAGCCUAGCGAUUUGGAGGAACUGGAACAGUUUGCCAAGACCUUCAAACAGAGGCGUAUCAAACUGGGCUUCACACAGGGGGAUGUUGGCCUGGCCAUGGGGAAGCUGUACGGAAACGAUUUCAGCCAAACUACCAUUUCUCGCUUUGAGGCCUUGAAUCUGAGCUUUAAGAACAUGUGCAAACUCAAGCCAUUGCUGGAGAAGUGGCUCAAUGAUGCAGUUUGUGCAGAGAACCUGACAUCUGACCAGGCGCUGUCCAGCCCCAGUGCCCUGGGCUCCCCGGGCAUGGGCAUAGAGGGGAUCAACCGCAGACGGAAGAAGAGGACUAGUAUUGAGACCAACAUCCGAGUGGCCUUAGAAAAGAGCUUUAUAGAGCAGAACCAAAAACCUACCUCUGAAGAGAUCACCAUGAUCGCUGACCAGCUCAACAUGGAGAAGGAGGUGAUCCGGGUCUGGUUCUGUAAUCGCCGGCAGAAAGAGAAAAGGAUUAACCCCCCCAGCAGCAACUGUGGAAUCGGCACCGCCAUCAAAACCAUCUAUACCCCCAGUAGCCCUUUGGUGGCCAGCACAGCAAGCCUUGUGAACAGCCCAACUAUUAACACACCCACCACUCUGACUGUAAACCCAGUGAUGCCUCUCACCAGCACCAGCGUCUCCAGUUUGUCUUUCGCAGGCACGACAGUUGGAACAAACACGGCAUCCGUCAUCUCCACUGCACCUAUAUUUACUACAGCCAGUUCUCCAUCUUUAAGCCCGUCGCCAACGACCAUUCAUUCCACGACUUCAGACAGUAAGGGGCACACCAUCUUCACCCAGGCCCCGACAUCCAUGGCCACAACUUUAGGGCCGGGUCAGCUGAUGCUGUCGGCCUCAGGGCUGUCGGCCUCAGGGCUGUCCGCGGCGCUGCAGGGGGCCCAGUUACCCAGCAGCUUUGCGGCUAUGGCUGCUGCUGCUGCUGGGCUCAACCCAGGACUGAUGGCCUCCUCCCAGUUUUCUCCGGGCGGGGCCCUGCUCAGUCUGACUUCUGGUGGCCUUGGUGGUGCGCUGAGUCCUGCCCUCUUGAGCAACAGCACCUUGGCUACCAUCCAAGGUGUCUAUCAAUCUCUGGCCUCGAGUCAGAUCCCCAUCACUUCUCUGGAUGGCAACCUGCUGUUCACCAACGCUUCUGGCAACACGUCCAACCUUAUGACCACGCCGCUCUUCCUCAACCCCCAGAACCUGUCGCUGCUCACCAGCAACCCCGUCAGCCUGCUGUCGGCCGGGGCGGGGGGGCUGCAGGUCACUUCAGAUGCUCAUCACCAAGCCACCACGGCCGCUGUGCCUGUGCAAGCCUCGACCAUUACCACUGCCUCCAAGGCCCAGUGAAGCCAGGCAGGCUGCAUCCUGAAUUAACGCCCUAUUUCUUAUGUCGUGCACUACUCUUUUCACACCACGUAGGAAAUAGGGAGGUCGUUUUAAUAUCGGCUCUGCACUUCACUAACCACCCCACAUUCUUUACAUUGUAUCUAUCAUUAUUUAAUCCUUUUGCUGCCACCAAAAAGAAAACAACCUCAAGUGAGGUUGAGGUUGACUUUUUAAUUUGUUUCUUGUCCUUUUUCUUUUUAUGAUUCUUGGAUGUUUAUUUUCCAACAAACAGUCGCCAGAUGGACUCUGUUGUUGGCCUGCCGCUCCUCAUGAACCUUGAAAAGUGACCAGGAUGAAAAAUCUCCUCGGCGCCAUCAAGCUGUUCACAUUUUGUGUGUAUAUAUAGAUAGAUAGAUAUAUAUAUAUCUAUCUAUAUAUCUAUAUAUAGAUAGAUAUAUAUCCUCCUAUUUCCAGGUCAGAAUUUUCUCUGAAAUACUUCUAACCAAAAACUUUAGAACUUUUCUCUUUUUAACAUUCAAACUAAACUGAUUUACUACUAAUUUCACAAUAUUCAUCAUCACUAAUGGGGAUUUGUGUGUCACCCCAUCUUUAAUAAUCUCUUUUGGGUUUUUUUGACAGGCCUGGACGUAAAUCAUAUCAAAGUUAUAUUGUAGAGAUUUGUUUUCCCUUUUUUUUGUUUUUUUUUACAUUUUCAGAACUUUGUAAGUCUAAUAAGUUAAAAUUUAACAAUUUUUAAUCGUGGUUAUAAGGCUUUAAUAACAAGUAAUAAGUGGCCGAUAUAAAGGUUAUCAUUGCUUUAAGGAUCGGAGGGACAAGACGUGUCUCUCCGAGUCUCUCUUUCUGGAAACACUGAGUUUUACAUUUUGCUGCGGUGGUAAAGUAGCUCCCGAGCUUUUGUAAAAUCACCGUCUCGGUGCGGAUUAUAGACACUGAUAGAAAAUGACUGAACACAUUGCGUUGAGAGCUUUAUAAAGAGCUGCAGACAUGCAGUCCCGUGUCUGAUUUAAGGGUGAUUUGUUUUGGAUGGUGGUCUAUUGGAAAACUGUACAUUAUGUUUGGAGUCAGAGGUAGAAAGUAGACGUCUGCAUGUGUUGUCUACAGCAGGCAGAUGCUGAGAGUUCAGUGACUGCAUGAUCCACAGGGCUCUGCGGCCGACCGAUCUGUUGGGGAAGAUUAGUCCGGGGGCAUGGUCAUCAUAUCAAAUGUAUGGUGGCGUCGGCUAGAUGGGGGUUAUUGUAUUGUGAUUUUGUUUAAUUUUUUUUAAUAGUAGUACCGUCGUAUCUACUUGUGCACAGUAUCUGUACCAAAAAACUGGAUUGAUGAGCUGCAGUCUGCCUGUUUUGGGAGGAAUGAAAUUCUGUCUUUUCUGUCUGCAGUCAUUCGACUGGCUUACGUACUUUAAGAUAUACCAAAAAUAUUUGUUAAAAUAAUUGCUGUGUGUAGUCGGUGUAGCUUAGUCUAGUCAAUAUAUUUAUGAGUACAGAAUUUCUCUUCAUUGUCAACAGAAUAUAGAAAUGCAAUAUUUUGAUGAUCAUUUUCCAAAGAUGACCGUUUUCUUUUCUUUUUUUGACAAAGUGUUUCAUCGCUCAACUUUUUAAUUGGCAGCACAACUGACCAAAAAGAGAGGUGUUGGCGGGUUGGGGCACGAGAAAGUAGUUUCUUUUUUACUCUUAUCACCGGGGCCUCGCCCCUAACGCCUGAUCGUGGUUAUCUUUCAGCCAUUUGAUGGCUUUGGUUUCCUUUUCAUCUGUAUUGGCCAUUUUGGUAGCAGUUUUGGACUUUUCUGGUUCUGUUGUUUGGUUUUGUACUAAUAUUCAGCCAUAAAACAACAGCUUGAACCAAAGUGGUUUUCCUCAGUAGUUGCUGUGCUCUACUCUCCACACUGCUGACAAAUUAUUUCCCUCUUCUCCCGCCUCAGUCAAUACCAGAUAUUCCUUAUUUGGUGCCGCUAGAUAAGGAUCACAGAAACUUAGCUUUAACAACUUGCUGCUGAAACUCCUGGUGGAGUUGAGCUGUUUGAGAGGCCAUGCUGUCCUAUAGCUUUAUGACUACACCCUGUGAAAAUCAGGUCUGUGGUUUAGACCCUGCCGUCUGGAGGGCUCACUUAUGUCAAUGCUGAGAUCGGAUCAUCAGUAACAUACCACACUUCCUCUCAGCGCCGCCAUUUUGAAUCAGCAUGCUAUGAAACAAUAUGCUGCUCCCUAAAUCUGUCCGUGGACUAAUUUUUAAAACCUGCCAAAUUAUCUCACUCAACACAGUGUUGGGCUAAGUGCUGUUGUGUGCUUCACAUUCAACUAAACCCCACAUCAAAAGUAGCAUUGUUCUGCUGCUUCCAAAUAACAAAACCAAUUACCACAGUGAUGAUUAAGUCGCUGAGACUGUAAGCAGUGAAGUCUGUCCAUGUUAUCCUCUUGUGUACUUCUUUUCUGUUGAAUUACUUUGACUGAAUAUACCUCAGCAGCACUUAAACAUAAUGUUCACCUUUAGGCAUUUCUGUGUAUAGAACAGUGUAGAAUGUAUAAGUACUGUCUGGCUUGCCAUUCAAAGUUUAUACUGACGAACCAUACAUAGGAACAACAUGAAAAGGACAACCUACUACUGCUAUUUUCUAGAACUACUAUUUAUGGGGUAUUUCCAGGUUUGAAUAUUAUUUUGAGAUCCUUCUUGCCAAAGUAAAAGCCUUUCUCUUUGCAGCUGGGCGGGUGUCUGGCUGCUCACGCUGCUGGCGUCUUUAAGGGACUCGGUCCUGAUUCAGUGCUGUUUGUAGUUACUAAAGGGUUGAACAUGUGCUAGCAAGAUGAACCGGUUGCCAUCGGCACCAUAGGAUGUUACUGAAAUAUUUAUCUGAGGAAAGACUUAAGAAUUAGAGAAACGAUCUUUUCUUAACUCUAUACAUAUAAAUAUAUAUAUAAACACGUGUAAGAUAUUAAUAUUUUAUAUUUGAACCAGUAUGUUAUCAAGACUGAAUGUAGUGUUUAUCAUGCUUACUCAAGAAAAAAAAGUCCCCUAAAUCCUUCUUUUUAUUAUUGCGAAAUAGCAAUUAUUAUUAUUAUUAUUUUUUAUUUCUUUUGAAAACUGACGAGACCAAAAAAUAAGAGAAGAAAUCUGAGACCACGCCUCGGUUGUGCGUGAGUCGCUGACACCUGCGUCUGUCGUGUAUCUGCGAGGAAGUGCUUGUACAGGCUGCCGACUGAAGCAUCUGAUCUUAAUCUUUUAAUAGAGUUCUUUGUUUUUGUUUGAGUCGUUGUGGACUUGAUUUGUUGUGCUGUCUUUAACAAUCAUUUGAUUUUUUUUAAUUAUAUUUCUUUAUGCCUUUUAAUUGUUUUGUAUAGUGUGAGAGGGCAAGAUCACUGGCUUUCUUAGUUUGACAAAGAAGAUUAACAUUAUCAUUUAUGCCUUAUUGUUACGUAGAAGACAUGAGCAUUGUAGCAUUGUUGUGUGAGUGUGUGUGCGUGUGUGUGUGUGUGUGUGUGUGUGUGUGAGAGAGAGAGAGAGAGUUGAGCAUUGAGCUCACCUGGUGCAUCGUUUUCACUGAAACAAAACGGUGCACUUUGGGCAUUUUGGAGCGUGAGAAGAUUAUGUUGCUACCUAUGUUUUUUUAGGUGCGACUCAGACAGGUUGAGGAUACCUGUGAGAAAAGCUUUACUAAUAAUUCCAGCAGGUGUGUGUGUGUGUGUGUGUGUGUGUGUGUGUGUGUGUGUGUGUGUGUGUGUGUGUGAGAGAGAGUGAGUGUCUUAUAAAGAGAGAAUAGGGAGGGCAGUCUGCAAACCAUUAUGGUGCAUUUUUUCCAUCUUCCAGCGGGUUUUUGAGUGAUUGGAAUAAAAAUAAAUUUAAAAAAUGCUGAUACAUAUUUUUGUUUUGGUCCAGGGAGGGGUCUGAUGAACUAAAGCGUUAAAGCAAGCCAGGUUAUGGUUUCUAAAAGAUACAACUACAGUUUUGGGUCAUAGUAAGCCCGUUUCAUCUACUAAUGAUCGUAUCGACUGUCCGCUGAUCUCUCCAGCUCUGCUUUAAUGCUUUAGUUUCAUUACGUGGUCCCCAGAUUUCAAGAUGCUCGCGUGGAUCAGCCAUGCAUGGAGUCGCAGUUUGUCGACCCACCACACUGGUUUGCUGGUUUUUAUCGUUGACAAAGGAAGUGUGGAGCACCAGUUAAGGCAAAAGGAGCUGUUGUAUACCUCAUUUCUAACUCAAGACUGAGUGAAACCUGCUUUAAUCUACUUAUGAAAUAAAAAAUAUUUUAAAAAUCACAAAAAAAAAGUUGAAAAUACACAAACUUGUGUCCGUGGAGAAGCCCGCCUGUACCUGGACUUAGUGAAGGGUCGUGGCCACCACAAGGGGGAGACAGAAUACAUACCAGUACUCAUGAAUGUCUGCUGUUUUUAUUUCACAAUUUGGUGUUUUUAUGCUGCACACUGGUGUAUUUUUCAGCUUUUGAUGGGAAUGAUUUGUUGUAACGUGAGAUUUAAGUUUAUUUUAGCGUAUUCUAUUCCUUUCACUGUCAGUUAAAAGUUACUUUUUGUUAUAUGAAUAGACGACCCCUACACCUUUGAACACUUUAAGUUUGACAAUCCUGUUUUUGUUUUGUUUUUCACUUUGACCAAGUACAGGUAUGUAUGUGUCUUCCCACAUGACGGUGCGCUGUCGCAGCCCGCUCUCGCUUUCCUGUAGUACCAACGUUAACCAAAGACUUCUAACUUGAUUGUAUACGAACGACGCCCGUCUCUCGGCCCAUCCCCGCCUAACUGCUCAGCAUCAAAUCCCGGCUGCACGCUCCCACCCGAGUCCUCGAUUCAUCUGCUUUUUAUUGCAUGCGAAUGUGUGUCCGCCCCGGAAACACUCCGGCGUCCUGUCGGCGCGGCGGUUUCAGUGCCUGUGGGCGGGGAUCGGAGGGGAGGGGCGGGGGGUUGAACAGGAGCUGAGCGGGCUUCUCCGACAGACACGAACCAAUCUGGUGGUAGCUGGGUGAUGUUUGUUAAUACACACUGAGGGUUAAUCCUGUGCACACUGUACAUGCUCAGGACUCUGUAUGUUUUGUCCGUUUGUUGCUAUUAUGUUCCCCCCUCCCCUCUUUCUCUAUCUCUCAAGGACUGUGGUGAAAACGCUCUUCCUGCCUCUCACAGCGUGUCUGUCUCUUCAUCACCCGUACACUGUAUAGUCCCAGGACAUUUACCCUGUUGUCUCCAGGAAUACACAUCCUGCAGUCGCUAAAGCUCACUGCUGUGUCCCUUCCCCCCCGCCCCUCUUCUGCUCCCUCCUUUGACAUCGUCUCUUCACUACAGACUCUGAUCAGCUGUGACACUAUGCAUCAUGGUCCUGUCACUCUGCAUGGACUGUGUCCCUCCGGCUCUGUCCGACGGACUUCAGUGACACUUUGUUUAAUGCUUUACUCCGAGUGAGGUUGAAGGACCUCACAAGCGCUAUCCCAAAGCAAAAAUCCAAAUAUUUAACUUUUGACAAAUGCAGAUACCAAAGAUAUCUCUCUGUCCUGUGUCUUUCUCUGUUCUUCUCUCCCUUUCCACCCUGCAGCAUGUGUAUUAAGAGACAAACCCAGCACUGGCUUUAGUCCUAGCCGCAGUGAUUCCAAAGCUUAGAUGUAUAUUUUGGUAUAUUUCUGAGAAAAACUUGCGUGAAAAAGCGUCUGUUUCUCGUUUGUUUGUCGUAAUCUCUUUUUUCUGUCACAGCAUGGAACUAAUUUCAGAACUGUCUUACUCUUGGUAGGUUAAAGAUAUAGUAUUUUUGUAUGUUUUUGGGUGUGUCAUGUGUGUGUGAUUUAUCAGUUCACAGCCCAAGUGACCAUGGCUUUCAACAAGAUAAGAAAAAUGAGAAGAAAAAAAAGAAAAAACGCCAACUAUGUACAUAUUAUGUCUGUGUAUCUCCAGAACUGCAUCCUGUAAAACAUUUACUACUCACGAUGGAAACCUUGGGCUCAUCUAAAGGAACGUGUCCCUGAUUUAUUUUCUGUUUCUUAUUCUGCAGUCUGAUAAUAAUCGUCUUUCCAGGACUCUUAAUGUAAAGAGUCCUGAUUUCCAUCACGGACAACAACACUGAGGGACACUGCUCCAAUUUGACUACAAGGAAAAGAAUACAACUAAAGAAACUGCCUCCAGGCAUGGGGGGCGUAGAACUGAAAGGUUGUGUAGGAGUUUUAAGUAUGUGAAUCAGGAUACAAAGUAGUUUUUUGAUGCAUUUGUCUGCUGUAAUUUUGUUUGUUUUGUUUUUAUACACAUAUAAAGAUAAUCUUUUACUGUAAAUGUACAGUUCUCUUUUGUUGUAAACAUCAUUAAACCAUUUUCCAAGUGUUUUGA